CUGGUUUCUCAGUCUCAACUCUCAAGAAUCACUCAUCAGGCAGGCCACAUCUAAAUGCUGCAUACAGACCGUUGAUCCUUUUCUUUCCAACCGUCCAUUUCGAAAUAGGCGGGUAAGGCAUCUCGUGAGAGGACCAUCCUGACUCUUGGGCCAUAUCCUGACAGCUUUGGCUGACCCACCUAAUGAGUGGCAUGGAUCGUGUAUUCGCAUUCCGAGAACGAGAUAGACGUCUGGCAUUAGAUCCGCAGCAAACGACGCCCUCGGCGCUGACAUGUAACGAAUCUUCUGCUGGAAUCCCAAACCCAUCCUCUAGGUGUACACUAAAAUGGUGGUUUGAUAAGGUGAAGGGUGGAGUGGAGAGGCAUGAUAGUCGACUGAAUUUGUUUAGCCAAUCUCCAUUUUCUUUUUUAUUGCAUAUUUCAUCCUUUAGAUUUAUAGGGGCUUUAUUUCAACUUCUUUUUCUAAGAUAUAAAGGUGAUCUAGUAUUCGAGAUUAGUGGGAGACGAUUGCAGUUUACGGAGAUGGACUUUGCCCUUAUUACGGGGCUUAAGACUGGAGAGCUUACAAUACCGAAAAAUCGUCCCACUACGAGUACAUUAAGAGAUAAAUACUUCAAAGAAUAUCCAGUUUUAAAGAAGCACUUAAUGGAUGUGUUUGAAAGAUUAGUUGACACCAAUAAGCACGAGGAUGUCGUGAAGGUUGCCCUACUUAUGGUUGUGGAGUGGUUUGUUAGGGGAACCGAACCGAAAACUAUGUGCAACAUGGAUUAUAUUUACUUGGUCGACUCGCUAGAUAAUUUUUAUAGCUAUCCUUGGGGUAGUUUGGCAUACUAUACAAUGUCGCAAGGAGUUGAAGCUGCCGUUGUCGCAUCAAGUGCAGUUCGCUACACCGUAUGUGGUUGCGUCUUUCCUCUACAAAUAUGGGCAGUAGAGAGAGUACCGGCCCUACGAGAGUGUGUUGUUUCGUAUGUUCCCUAUCAAAUUCCACGCUUCAUUCAAUAUCGAGGGUGGAAGGGUUGGAGGUACAACAAAAUACAUGCUAUUUUUGAGAGUAAAGCUACAUUUGUAGUAAUGACCUUAGAACCCACCUUACAAGAAUGGGAAACGGACGCUGUUCGCUUGGUCCGUGACAGUUUCCAGGUCAUUGAAACCCAGGAAGAUGAGGAGGAGAGUAAUGAGAAUGAUUCUAAGGAGGAUGAUGGAGCGGAUGAAAAUGAUGAAAAAGAUGUGGAGGGAGAGGGACUGGGGGGGGAUAUUAUGAAGCAUGUUCUUUUUAUGGAUGAAUUCAGGGUUGAGAGAGAAGAGUUGAAGAAGGAGAGAGAGGAAUUGAAGAAGGAGAGGGAAGAAAUGAGGAAAGAGAAGGAAGAGUUGAGAAAGAAAGAAGAGAGGCUCGAUGAGAGGGAGGCGUUGCUGAAAGAGAAGGAAGCAUUGAAGAUGGAGAGAGAAGAGUUGAAUGAGAGAACACAAUUGAGGAGGGAGAAAGAAUUGUUUUUGAAGGAGAAAGACGAUUUAAAACUUCGGAUGUGCGAGGUAUUGAGAGAAAGGGAAAAGUUAGCGAUGGAGAGAGAGGAGUUUAAUAAGGAGAAGGAAGAUUUUUGUACACAGAGGGAGCAUUUUAUGAGGGAGAAGGAGGAUGAGGAGUUGAAGACGAGAGGGGAAGUAGAUGAUAUGGAAGAGAAAGAGCAUGGACAUGGGGAGUUGGAGGUGCAAUCGUAUAGUACUACCGAGGCUUAUGUAUUGGAUCAAGCAUCCAUUUCUCCUCCCGUUUAUCGAAAGAGAACUAAAAGGGUACUGAAGCCGUCAUAUUAUAAGGUUUCUUCGUACUUGUCCUUGUCUGCAUUUGAUACAACCCCUGGUUUGGUUCCCGGACCUGAGCAAGCAACAACUUUUGCUACUUAUCCAAUACAAUUUCCUGUACAAAUGGAUCCAUUCAGGAUGCUAUCAACUCAGGAAUUGAAAGAAUUAGAGGACUGGUAUGAAGCGAACAAGGACACGACAGCGGGUUGUUGGUUCAGUACCAUAUGGGUGAAGGAUGCGUGGGUUGACAGUGUGACUAUCGACAAAUAUAUCGAUUUCCUCGAGGAAAGGCAGUCUGACCUUUUAAUAGCAUAUCCUCAGGAUUGCAAGUUCUGUCCCACGUAUUUUACGCAAUGCCUUGAGGCAUGUUUGCCGAUUUUGAUCGCAUACCGGGACUCUAAGUCAGCGUCAGAACGUGCCUCGCUAAUAGGCGAGAUGAGCACAGCCUACGCAGUUGCUAAGCAGCGGGAUAAACCAUACGCCAAGGCGAUUUGGUGUUGUGAACGGGUGUAUGUGCCCGUGAACCAUAAUAAUUCGCAUUGGUUCUUGAUGGUCAUCUAUCCAAGAAAAAGAGAAAUCAUUAUUGUUGAUAGUUUACACACAAAUGCAUUAUUAAAGUACAAGCAGAAGAUCAAAGUGAUGACCGAGGCGCUACCCAUUCUCUUCCAUGCCACUGGAGACAGCACUGCACUUGAAGGGAAGAAGUGGACCGCCAAAGUUGAUGAAUCGGCGCCGAAGCAGGACAAUGGUUAUGACUGCGGCAUAUUCGUAAUGAAAUUCAUCGACAUAUUGUGUAGCGGUCUCACCUUGGCAGGAACGGAUAUGCGAAAAUUCACCGCCGUUUGGAGGAAGUCGAUAGCAUAUGAUUGUUUGUCUGUAAACUGUGAAUGAUAUUUGUCAAGGGCAUGAGAGGAAUUUUUGUGAGAUGUUGUAUUAUAUACAUUGUUUGAUAUACCUUGUACUAUUUUAACUGAAUAAAAUUUAUAAUCAAUGAAUAUUUAUAACCCGUAA